CGGGUGUGCUGUUCCGCGAGUGGCUUUUUCAUCGAUCUCGUUCAUCUGAGUGCUGCUGUCCUGAGCGCCGGGGCCUUUGUCUGAUUUCACCAGAAAUAACCUAACUUCCCGUUUUCUGUCGGCUUGACAUAUUACAAUUCUAUUUUUAAUAUAUUUAAUUUUAUUACUAUUUGUUUUUUCGUACCGGUCCUUCUGACUGUCAGUAUCAAAGGAUUUUUUUGCUUCCGUUUAAAGAGAAAUCGACCGAAGAAAGAAGCUCCGGAACUUUGCAGGUUUUAAACUUUGUAGAUCGAGACUAGGUAGGACCCGCUGACGCCAAGGACAAAAGAUCACGAGGACCCCGAGCGACCCCUCCCAACCCAAAUAAUUAUUUGGCCUGAUUGGCCCGUUUCCUGAGAAGACAUCCUGGAUCCCAGCAUGACCAAAGCUGAAAUGGGCAAGCUGAACAGCACCGGAGAGGAGGACAGCAGCAGCUACAGUUCUAACGGCAACGACUUCAGCUAUCAGUACCCCACCAAAUCAGCUGUGAUGAAGAGCCAUUAUAUAGAUAUGGAUCCAGAAAACCAAAACUUUUUACUUGAAUCCAACCAAGGGAAGAAGAAAUAUGAAACUGAAUAUGUACAUCCAGGUACAACUUCCUUUGGAAUGUCAGUAUUUAACCUGAGCAAUGUUAUUGUAGGCAGUGGCAUCCUUGGACUUUCUUAUGCCAUGGCAAACACAGGAAUUGCUCUCUUUAUAAUUCUCUUAGUCUUCGUGUCAAUAUUUUCUCUAUAUUCUGUUCAUCUUCUUUUGAAGACUUCCAACGAAGGAGGAUCUUUAUUAUAUGAACAAUUGGGAAUGAAAGCAUUUGGCAUGCCUGGAAAACUUGCAGCAUCUGGAUCAAUUACAAUGCAGAACAUUGGAGCUAUGUCAAGCUACCUCUACAUUGUGAAAUAUGAAUUACCAUUGGUCAUCAAAACAUUUUUGAACAUUGAAGAGCAUUCAGGAGAAUUGUAUUGGUAUACUAAUGGCGAUUAUUUGGUUAUAUUAGUAUCCUUGUUGCUUAUCCUUCCUUUAUCACUGUUGAAAAAUUUAGGUUAUCUAGGCUACACCAGUGGAUUUUCCUUAUUGUGCAUGGUCUUCUUCCUUAUUGUGGUCAUUUGCAAGAAAUUUCAAAUUCCUUGUGGAACGGAACAUGAUCUAAUUAAUGCAACUCUAAACAUUACCACGGAGCAACUGUUGAUUACAAAUGAAACAAAUGUUAAUGCAACUUAUGAUUCCUGUGUACCAAAAUAUUUUGUCUUCAACUCAAAGACUGUCUAUGCUGUACCAAUCCUGACAUUUUCUUUUGUCUGUCAUCCUGCUGUUCUCCCUAUUUAUGAAGAAUUGAAAGGCCGAAGCCGCAGAAGAAUGAUGAAAGUGUCCAAUAUUUCAUUUUUUGCUAUGUUCCUCAUGUAUCUUUUGGCUGCUCUCUUUGGAUACUUGACAUUUUAUGGAAAGGUGGAAGCCGAAUUACUCCAUACUUAUUCAGCAGUGCUUGGGAAUGAUACUCUCCUUCUGAUUGUGCGCUUAGCAGUCCUGAUGGCAGUCAUUCUUACUGUUCCAGUUGUGAUUUUUCCAAUCCGCAGUUCUGUCACACAAUUGCUGUGUGCAAGCAAAGAAUUUAGUUGGGUGCGUCAUUGUAUUAUUACAGGAGCUAUUUUGGUAUGCACCAACGUUCUUGUCAUUUUUGUUCCCACAAUUCGAGACAUAUUUGGAGUCAUUGGUGCCUCUGCUGCUGCCAUGCUAAUCUUUAUACUUCCAUCAGCUUUCUACAUUAAGCUUGUGAAAAAAGAAUCCAUGCAAUCCGUGCAAAAAAUUGGGGCUCUCCUGUUCCUGCUAAGUGGCAUAAUUGUGAUGGUUGGAAGUAUGACUUUAAUCAUUGUGGAUUGGAUCAACAAUUAACCUACCUGUUUAUUCAUUAGUCUUCAUUCUGCCAUCUUCUGGGAGAAAGAAACUUCUGCCUAUGUUUGCAGCUCCACUUCCUUUGAUGCUAGUACUUCUAACUAUAGAACAGAUGGAUUUUAAAGAAAGAAAAGCAAAAGAAACUAUUCUGCACAAGAAUAGAUACUAAUAUCAAGUCAGCUGAGUCUUUGGCUGAGUGAAAUGACUUUUUUUUAUUCCAUUCCAGGGAAUGGACAGCUCACUCUAUAAAAUUUUAUCAAGCCAUGUUGGGCUUUGGACAUUGUUACUUGGAUUCUUUAUUAUUUACUUGAAUGUGCCUAAUGGAAAAAACAGAUGUGAGAAGUAAAUUAGUUUACAGCAAAUUUCUAAGCUAGCCAUUAAAAGCAAGGGAAAAAAACAGUUAUUAUUUUUAUACCAAAUAACUAUGGACUCAAAAGCACUAUUUUGACUUUUAAGAAAACAUUUUAUAAGUUAAAGAUCCAAAUAAGGGUAAGAAAAAUCAGUAUAUUGUUUAAUCAAUAACCUCAGUUCAAAACAUUUGCCUGCCUACAGAGACAUAUUCUAAAAAUUAUAUUUUUCACGUCAAUAAGCUUAUUUUUUAAAUCUGUUACAACUGUUUAAUUGGCUAUCUUGAAAGAAUAGAACUAUAAUUAAAUUCCAUUUGUAAUUUUAGUUAUUCUAACAUUAAAACCAAACGAAGAUUUGUUAAGUUCCAAUUAAAGUAUAUUUAAUCAGUUAGCAUAAAGUACUAUACUAUAUUUCAAGGAGUCAUUUCCUCGAACGUAAUUUUUGUGGAAAAAAACAUCAGAAUGUCUGAUAUAUUAAUUUAUGGCAUUCUGUUCUAAUUAAAGCUAUGUCCAGGCAACUCUUGAAAUUAAUGAAAAUUUAUAGGAGCAUUAUUUGGCAAAUUGCUGAUCCAUUCAUAAAAUACAAUGUUGGCAUUUUUCUUCUUGAGGUACUCAGUAUUGCAAUUACAGAAGAUAAAAACAUUUUAAUUUUUUUAAAAAAUUUGCUUUUACCAAAGCACAGUAAAUUAUUAGAUAAUGUGAUGUUCCUAGCAAAAAAUCUGGCUUUUAGUAUAUAGAACAAAAAUAUUGAGAUAAUGCUAUAGUUUACUGGAGGUAAAGUAUACAGAUAGUGUAGUACUUUUCAGAUGCAUGUUUAAACUUAACAUUUAUUAUUAUUUUAUAUUAUGUUACAUAAUUGCACCAGGCUUUGAUGCAUGUGACAAAAUUCUUUUCAUAACUAUAUUUAAUGUAGUUUUGUAAUGAUUGACUAAACUGUCAACACACACACACACACACACUCAUUGCUAAAUGAAUGGGUCUUGUAUUAUUGAGACAAUAGGGUAACAACCAUAGGUCAUGUACAGUAGAUGUCCAGAACAUGAUCCUGCCCUGAUUGGACAAUAUAUAUUACACAGAGUAUAAGCAUUCAAGGAACAUAUGAACAGGCACACCUCUCACACUCCUGUCUAUCUCCCAUUCAUCACUCAGCCUGGAAAUUCAAGAAGAGCUGAAUGUUGAUUGGGGAAAUUCAUACAUAUUUCCCAUUUCUAUGAUUAAUUUAAAGAGAUAUUUAAUGAAUUUGCCAAGUGGGAUAGAAGGUAAACUCUUCUCUAUUACAUUUUGUAGUAAUAAAUCUGUGUUGCAAGUACUGCAUUUGCCAGAGGAAGAAUCAUGUUCCAUUUUGGUUACUACACAUAUUAAUUAUACUAUUUCAAACCCAAGGUGUAAAGAGAUUUGGGACAUUUUUUUCAUUUCACAGAAAUUGCUGAGCAGAUUCUCUGCCAGAAUCUAAAAAGGCAGAAUUUAAUUAGGUAACAUUUAGACAAUUGGCAUAAUGUAACUUAAUAGUAGUAGCUCAAUAGUAACUAUUGAGUUAAGAGCAAUCAAAAAAUGGCAUGUAAUUAACCAGAAUAUUUUUAAGCGUAGGUUCAGUUUAAAAAAAUAUACAGCAAAUAUUUCCCAUUGCAUUCUGAUUCUUAACCUAAUGUUUCAUUAGGGCACUUGUUAAUAAGGAACAUGAUUUAUUGAAAAGUGACUGUAAUUUUUGCCCUUAUUGCCUUAGAAAGGCUAGAAUUCAGCUAUGGUUCUAGGCAGGACAAUAUAAUCUGUACUUGAAUAAUAGUUGUGAUAAUCUCUCUUAUUCCUAAAAUGUCAGUAACCAAUACUAGUAUUGUUAAAAACACAAAGCUUAUUUUUUUGAUCUACAUUGUCUAAAGAAAACAUCUUAGAAUUUCAAAGACCACUCUUUUGUAAGCAUUUGGCUAUGUAAUGUAAGAUUUCAUUGUUAUUUAACAUAUCUCAGAA